UGUGUUCUCACGCAAGCCCCUCCCCCUUCACGUAUAAAGUGUGCAGGUGAGACUAUACUAGCUAUGCUAGAGACAAGUUGAGCUGUGUAUGAGAGACUCAGAGACCUUGUUUACAGAACUGCACCUACUGACCACUGGAUCUACUCAAGAUGGCUGAGAAUGGAACAGAUGAAACUGAGCAAUUAUCGCCUGUCCUCAGAAGGAGCCGAUCUGACGCAAUGAUCAUAGAUGAAUCAAAUGAGUGUACAUCCGAUGAUUCGAGAAAAAUCGAAACUCCAAAUGAAGAAGAAGGUACUGAAAUGAUUUUUAAUCCUACUUUAGAAUUGAAGCCAGUUGAUGAUAUCUCGAAGCCAAGUAAUGGACUUAAUGGUGAUACCGAGACCUCGAAACCCAUCGACAGACAUGCUGCAGUCGAUGGUUGUACUGAAAGCCCAAAAGUAGAUUCUCAAUCAAGCAGCGAAAGAAGCCCUCCUGUUCAUCACAAGAGCACAAUUUCAGAGCCAGUUUUACUACACAGACAUAAUACCAGCCCAGACCAGGGUAUUCUCAAGUCCAAGCUCGAUUUUCUCUCACCUGAGAAAGAAAAUGAUGGCUGUAAACAUUGCAAAGAGCUAGAGAACAUGAUAUCUCUGUGGGAGUUGGGUGUAAGUGGACUCACAAGAAACUAUAGCAAGAUACUCUCACAGCUCAAUAAAGUGCGAGCUGCUGCCACAAAGCUGGAUGGACAUUUGAAAGAGAAAAUAGAAACCACCACCCCUCGUUCACCUGCGGUGAUUAGAAACACAAGCGUAUCUGGACGAAAAUCAGUCACAGUGAGACAAUCCAUGUUCGAACCCGGCUCCACUUCUCUUCCACCCACUAACAUAGCUGAGAAGAUGUACCCCCAAGAGACCAGCAAAGCUAGCAGCACAGCGUCAGGCUCCACAAAACUUAUAAACGACCUCAAUUCGCAUCUAUCACAGGCCAUCGAUCUUUGUCAGCAGCUGGCAGCAGCAAAUUUCAAAAGCAAUCAAAGAUCAUCAAAACAGAAAUUGAAAAGACAAGUCACUGUACACUCAGACCUCAAUGAUGGCAGCUCUAACUUCAGACCAGCCUUACAGUCUAUUGCAGAAGGUAGUUUCUCAAGCUCGUACAAGAAACGUACUUUAGAGCGAACACCCAGUGCACCUGGUAAUAUGAUGAAUGAAUACCAAGACAACUCGCUACCAAAUGGCCUGGAGCCCAAGGUUACCACUGACUCGAAAUCUAAAAUGACACCUGAUGCAGACACUGCUGUGAGCAAUGGAAUUGAUAAGAAUCCAGCCAAUCAGAAGCCCUACCACAGUCACAUGAUGAAGCUUUGCUCACCGGACGAAGUAGAGAGCGAGCACUCAACUGAAUUUUCGGGAGAGUCUUCAAGUAUGUCAGAGGAGAUGCAGGACUGUCGAUUGAGUACUAUGAGUGCAUUCUCGGACACUGACGUGAAGCAGAUCAUGUCCAAGAUAGCAGAUCUGGAAGAGGAGAGAAUGAAGCUACUCACCACCAUUGAUGAUAUGCAGAGGGACAACAAUACUGUACGCCUCUCCCUGAGUGAGAUUCUGGGGGACCUUGAGAACAAGGACCUCCAGCUGACACUGGCCCUACAAGACCUAACCAUUGCCACGGGGGAAAUCAAGAGAGCAGCCGAGAUGAGGAAACAGCUGCAGGGAAUGGAGAGUGAGCACAGUGACCUACUGGAGCGUCUUAGUAACCUAGAGGACGAGAGUGCAGCUGUCAAAGUCUCGCUCAUACAACUGCUCCAGGAGAAGUCUGCAACUAACAAAACGCUGGCCCUUGAGAACUGGAGGCUCAAUCAAAGGAUGAAGUCUGGGACACUCCGACGAGGUAGUAGUGCAACUGAAGGAGACAACGUGAGUGUAAUCAGCGGUUUCAGCUCCCUCACAGAAGACGCAACACUGCAGGAGGCCUACAUGGGAGCGGAUGAUGUUGCCUCCUUCGUACACAAACAAGGGUUCCUGGUGAAGCAAGGAGGAAGAAGGAAGAACUGGAAAAAGAGGCUCUUUGUGCUCAGCCCAGAGGGACUUUCGUACUACAAGACAGAGCAGCCACUGCAAAUACUCCAGUUAGAAAAUAUUGCAAAGAUUCAAAUUUGCCAUGGGACCAGCCUCCCUCACCCAAACAUGUUCGAGGUGCAUACACCAGGUCGAGUGUUCCUGCUCUCUGCCCCCACUGAGGACGACAUGCAGUCGUGGGUGGGCAUGCUCCAGACACUCAAACAGUACAACAAAGGAACUACCCUCAACAGAGAAGCCUCCGCUAAAAGAGCAAAUACUGCGGGGGGUGCCUCUGCACUAUCCCCUGCAGAGCUGGCCAAUGCUCAAUCUGACUCUGACGCAGAACCAGAUCACAGGAUCAUCCACCAAUCAAUUAGGUCCGGGGGGAGGGGUCCACCCACACUAGAGUUGGCCGACUCCUCUGAAGAUGAGAUGUUGCAGAUGCACACUGAUCACUUUGGUUCACGUCGUGAGGAUGAGAUAGGAGGGUCCCCCAUGUCUGUUCCCACGACGAACGCUCUGGACAUGGCUGCCAAUUUUGAUCACCCCUCUCCAAAACUCCUCGUUCGAUUACGAUCAGACAGCUGCUCAUGAACGGAUACAUGUGUGUGCGUGUGUGUCUUUAAUGUUUUUUAUUAUCUAUAUUGAGUGUAAUAAUAAUUGGUGAAAUGUAUAUUUAAUAUCAAGAUCA